CAUCUCGAGCUUUUCUUUAUCAUCUGCUUCCUUAUUUUCCACCCCACUCUCUGGCUCCAGGGAGUGUAACUGAUCUUGGAGCCUGUAGGGUUGGGUCUGGGACCAGCCGCUCCGAGAUGACGUAAUGCUUUCUCUGGUACACAAAGCGGCCUCCCCCGGGCUCGGCCUUUUGCGCCCCUCCCACUCUGGCCCGGAUCAGGCCCCCGCCAGCACCAGCGCGGGAUGGAACAAAAGUGGGACUUGGAAAAUGUUGCCCUAUAAGAAGAGAAGAACUACACUGAGAGAGUCUGCACAGCAUCAGGGCAACCAGGAGGAAGAUGACGUAGACCUGCAGGCAGAUGGUAAACCAGAAUCUGACCUGGGGUCAGUUAAAGACCUGGGGUCAGUGUCCCUGUCCUGGAGUCCAAGUCGUGGCAGAGCAGCUGACCUUGAAGUGCAGGCUGCAGGAAUUCAGCUUGGUAUGGAGGACCCAUCUUUGAGCUCUAGGAUGCUCACUGAGCACACAAAUGUAGCAGUUCUGGAAGCCGUGGAUGUGGCCGUCUCUCAGGAAAUCACCCUAGCUUCCUUGGAGUCUUCCCAGCCUGUAAAUACACACAUUGGUAAAGGAAAACUCCAGGCCACUAGCUCAAGGAGAGGGAAGAAAAUUACACUCAGACCUGAGUCAGUUACUCAAGAAGACAGAGGCGAUCAUCCUAUCGCUAAGGAGCCUUUUUCAGAAGAGCGUGGUGAAGAAGUCAAGGAAGAAGGAAAGGAGGCAAAUGAUGACCAUCCAGAGUAUAAUUUCCUGGAAGAACUUGAUGAACCAGAUGCAAAGGAUUUCUGCACUGACCAGGCAGUAAGAAUCACCAAAAAGGACAUGAAUGAACUGAUGUAAGAGUCGUUUGAAACUUUUCAAGAGGAGAUGGGCUUCUCCAGCACGGAAGAUGACGGCCCAGAACAGGAGGAAUGUGUGGCUGAGCCUCGGCCUGACUUUAACACUUCUUAAGCCUUAUGGUUUGAGAAACCACUGGCCAACUUACUAAAUGAGCAACAUCGCACCGUGAAGGAGCUACUUGAACAGCUGAAGAUGAAGAAAUCUUCAGCCAAACAGCAGCAGGAAGUAGAGAGGGUUAAGCCCCAGAGGGAGAAGCUUCAUCAAACUCUGAUUCUAGACCCAGCGCAGAGGAAGAGGCUGCAGCAGCAGAUGCAGCAGCAUGUUCAGCUCUUGACGCAAAUUCACCUUCUCGCCAGUUCUAACCCCAGUCUCAGUUUGGAGGCCAGUACCACCAGGAUAUUUCUUAAAGAGCUGGGAACAUUUGCUCAAAGCUCCAUUGCCCUUCAUCAUCAGUUCAGUCCCAAGUUUCAGACCUUGUUCCAACCCUGUAACCUGAUGGGAGCCAUGAAGCUCAUUGAAGCGUUCAGCACACAAGUCAGCGUUGACUGGAGUCCUCUUAAAACUGUCACGAAGACUGCCUAUAGAUUGCCCUAUUUGCUAAAGCAAGUGGCUUGGAUCCUAGCCACGAGCAAGGUUUUCAUGUAUCCAGAGCUACUUCCAGUUUGUUCUCUGAAGCCCACGAAUCCCUAGGAUAAGAAUUUCUUCACCAAGGCAGAGGACAGCGAGAUUGAGUGUCACGGUUUGUUAGCUUUAGGCCUGAAGCACUUUGAAGGGACGGAGUUUCCCAAGCCUCUGAUCAGCAAGUACCUUCUCACUUGCAAGACUGCCCACCAGCUGACAGUGAGAAUCAAGAACCUCAACAUGAACAGAGCUCCUGACAACAUCAUUAAGUUUUAUCAGAAGACCAAACAGCUGCCCAUCUUAAUGAGGUGCUGUGAAGAGAUCCAGCGGCAUCAGUGGAAGCCGCCUGUAGAGAGGGAGGAACACCGGCUUCUGUUCUGGUUAAAGGCCAGUCUGCCGUCCAUCCAGGAGGAACUGCAGUGUAUAGCUGGUGGUGCCAGAGAGGUCGGAAAUGUGACCGGAACCACUGAGAUCAACUCAGACCCAGGCCUAGGAAAAGGCAGCUCGGAACUGGAGAGUGAAACUCGGUAUCCACUGCUGCUGCCUAAGGGUGUAGUCCUGAAGCUGAAGCCAGUUGCCAACCGUUUUUCUAGGAAGGCUUGGAGACAGAAGCGGUCCUCAACCCUGAAGCCCUUCUUUUUUGGACCCAGCCCCUCUCUCCAGCCUAGCUCCAGCUCUGGGAAGACACCAGCUAGGUCAGCUCACUCAGAAGCCCCUCCAAGCAAAAUGGUGGUCCGGAUUCCUCCCCUGAUCCAGCCAGCCACGGUCUUACAGGCGGUGCCAGGCGGCCCUCCUCUGGGGGCCCCUGGGGGGGAUAGUUUUGAGUCUCCAGCAGCGCUGCCAGCUACAGCUGCUGAGGCCAGGACCAGCUUCCCUCUGCCUGAGCCGCAGACCCUGCUGUCCUCCGCCCCUGUGCCCAAGCUAAUGCUGCCCUCACUUGCUCCUUCUAAGUUUCGAAAGCCAUGUGUGAAACGGAGAGCCUCCAAGAGAAAGGGACCCAAGGCCUCUGUCUGUCUGAAGCCUGCCCCUCUCAUCCACCCUGCGCCUGUUUUCUUCACUGUUCCUGCCACCACGGUAAAGGUUGUGAGCCUCGGCAGCGGCUGCAACGUGGUGCAGCCUGUCAGUGCAGCGGUGGCCCAGAGUCCUCAGACCAUCCCCAUCACCACCCUGCUGGUUAACCCCACUCCCUUCCCCUGUUCAUUGAACCAGCCCCUUGUGGCCUCCUCCAUCCCUCCCUUAAUUGUCUCUGGCACCCCUGUGAAUCUUUCUGACCCAUUUACCCCUGAAGAUAAAGCUCCGGUGAAUGUGGACAUAGGUUGUCCUUUGGCUGAGGGGAAAAAUGCCUUUCAAGGCCUCGAACCCAAAUUAGAACCUCGGGAACUCUCUCCUCUCUGUGCUGCUGUCUUCCCCAAAGAGGAACACAGCCCAGGGCCUCCAGCUACAGACAGAGUGUGCCAGGAACAGUUGUCGGAGAGCAGCACUUAUGGCUGGACUAUUGUGAAAACAGAGGAGGGGAGACAGGCCCCUGAACCACUGCCUCAGGGCUUCCGAGAAUCUCUAAAUACUUCCCCUGAGGAUUAAGAGGAAAUCCCUGGGGAGGACAUCUAUGGUAGAUCCCUGGAUCAGGAUAUCCAUUAUGAAAUCAAAGACGAACAUGGGAAACUGAACACUGGCUUCCCAAGUGAAGAGUCAAGCAGGCCAGAGGUGAAGGAACAGGCCUAAAACAGGAGGAAGAGUCAUCCAGCUCAACCUAAAAUCCUUUCAGCUUCUCAUGAGCCUCCUGAUGUAGGAAAUUCAAGAGAUGUAAGCAAAGGGUCCCCAAGGGAUACUUCAUUCUCCACUGACCCUGAAAGUAGCCCCCCAAGGAAGCCUGAAGACUUAUCCAGAGUUGAUGGUCAGUCAGUGGGCCCAGCUGGGCCAGAAACUGCAGGAGAGAAGGAUGGGCCAGAGGAAGAAGAGGACUAUGACAGUCUUACCCAGGAUGAGGAAGACGAGAUGUCAUCAGCUUCUGAGGAAUCUGUCUCUGUCCCGGAACUCCAGGUGAGAGUUGGGCAAUAUUCUUCAAUAGUUUGUGGAUUCAGUCAUAGAUUUAAUUUAUUGAUAGUCUACCUGCUUGCUUUUUGCACUAGAGAUAGUCCUAAAAUUAUUUUUGUCUUUUGUGAGAGGAGAGGGAAAGAGUUAAAUGUUCCUUAUUAUAUUUGACUUAAACUCAUUUACAUUAAAAUGAAUCACCUGAGCACAAUGUAAAUAACCACAAAAAAGAAAAGGGAUCAUAAGCAUGGACCCUGGCAAAGGACAAUUAUCUUCAGGGAGAUGUAUCAAAACACAUCUGCUCAGGAAUUCCCUGAUGGCCCAGUGAUUAGGACUUGCCACUUUCACUGUUGGAGCCGGCUUCAGUCCCUGGUCAGGGAACUUACAUCUCUUAAGCUGCACAGUGUGGCCAAAAAAAUGAAGAGAGAGAGAAAAAAAACAACUCCAAAAUCCCUGGAAAAACCCCAUUGGCUUCCAACCUCCCUCAUCAGUUAAUUAACCUCAGUCCCUUCUGAAAAACUCUGUAAGCAGCCCAUGGUGAGCCAUUAUAUCCCUCAUGCAUACUGUUUGGGGGGUUUUUCAGGAAACAAUGGAGAAACUGACUUGGUUCACAUCUGAAAAGUACAUGAGUCAGGAGGGUGAGUCUGAGGAAGAGAACUCCCAGAAGAGAACUCAGCCUGAGAAAGAAGAGCAGGAAGAAGCAGAAAGAAUGGAAAUCCUGCAGAAAGAUGAAAUGAUGGACAAAGCCAUUGGAAAUCCUGCCGAGAAGCCACCUGUUACCUGUACCUCCCUGAAGGCCUCUCCAGAGGUGGAGACCAGCAGGACCCCACCAGGUGAGUAGGACAGGCCUGAGUGGGGACAGGUCUCAGGUGGCCUCAUUGACUUAGGGACAUGUGCAGAGUGACAGGCUUAUAAAACAGGUGCCAGUUUCCAGAAGAAAUCCUCUGGAUCCCGCCUGCCAGUCACCCUACUCCCAAAUAGAUGUUUAACCUGCUGCCAUUGCAGAGAAGAGAUGCUCAGAAAUUAAAAAUUUGUCUCUCAUCAGCUGCUAGAUUUGUACUCUGUUCAUGCAGGGUUUUAUACGGGUUCUUAAUUCAUCAGUCAUGUAUGAGGCCAAGAGCAAUGUUUAUUUCAGAAAGUACUGCUUGUUCCUCACCAGGACAUAGUUCUUUGAGAGCCCAGCAUCAGACCAAACUUGGACUUCUGUGUUCAAUAUGCAGUUGCUAAGCAUCUCAUUAUUAUCCCAGUUAAUGCAGUCAUGCUGUCGACUCUUCAUAGAGCUGACUUGACAGGGACAGACAUUACCUGUCAUAGCAUUUUUCCAGCAGCUUUUCUCCCAAGUUACUAUGUAAUUUUGAAUAGGAUUAUGGAUGGGGAUGGGGUGCCUGUGGUGGGUUGGGGAGAGCAGAGGCUGCAGGUACAGAAAAACAGUUGAAUGCUAAGGAGAGAGCAUCAAAGCUGCUGGAAAGGGCUGGAGUAAUCAUCGAGCUCGCAGCAAGCAGGGCAAUUGGGCCCGGGCCAACAAGGACACCUCCAGGCUGCUGUCGCUGUAUGAUGAGGACAUCCUCAAGUGAGAUCCACUCCAGGAACAGGAGGAUUUGGCCUUUGCUCAGGCUUAUCUGACCGGGGUAGGCAAAUGCUGCUUCCUGUUCCUGCCAGCCCCUCUGAGCAAGACUGCUUUUCCUUCAGGGGAGAUGUUUUUUAAAUGAAGUCUGCCUAUUAGGCUGCGCAACAGCCUUCUAUGCAUCUGCCUUUGUUUACCUAAAAAUAUCAAAAGAGCUGUGUGAGUGAACCACAAGGACGCCAAGUUUAGUCAUCAACAAAUUUAUUGUUACUGCCCAGGCAUACCACCCCUCUGUUGCCCCAAAACUGAGGAAAGGUGCUAGCCACCAUCAUCAGUGCGAGGGUAGGCUAAUAAAGACUUUAACUGAGCCCUUGGUUUGAGAAAAUAGACAUUUGGUACACUGACCAAAAAGUGGACCUCAGUGAUCUUCAGAGUCAUGAACCAGCCUGUUUGUGGCAGCAGUCCCUCUCUCAUUCUUUUGGUAACCACCUGGUUCCUUUUUACUCCUAGCAAAGUAGAGUCCUAGCAGUGAUUGUCAUGGUUUUUCUUGUCUCCUGAUAUUUUACUAACAUUCCUAAUCUACGUAUUAUUUACCUUCAGAUGAUACCAUGCUGAAAUACAUGUAGCAAGCACUCCUUAUCUAUUUCAACAUGGAGGUGAAACCAGGAAGGAGAGGUUUGGACUGUGAGCUAGAGAAAAGUUUACCUGAUUUUGCAGUAGCACUAUAGUCCCUGGAAAAUGGAAAAAUUUCCACUCCUCACUGUCAGAAAAAGAGCUCUGCCUUGCUCAUGGCCCUGUGGCUUCCAUUAAUCAUCAGAUCUUAGGACCUGUUAGAGCCUCUGAUGGAUGAUCUGGAGCUCUUUAACAGUAACUCCUCCUUCCUCAGUCCCAUUGUUUCUUGUCCGGGUCCAAAGAAAGGGGAUUGGAUGAUGGAAAAGUCCUCUCAUAUAGGUCCGAGAAGCCCUGCAACACAUCCCUGACAAGUAUGAAGAUUUCAGGUCAUCCAUGAGUUUGAGUCAAGCACUCAGAGGCAGACAGCUGUGGAUCUCUACAAGAGCCUGCAAAUUCUGCUCCAAGACUGGCCUCAGCUGCUGAAGGACUUUGCUGCUUUCCUGUUGCCUGAGCAAGCACUGGCCUGUGGAUUAGUAAGAGAGGGGCAAAGACCACACACUAGGAUCCCUGGGUCACAGUAAGACUGGGCUUGGGUCGUGUUGAUCAGGACUGUUCCAGACUCCUGGCUGUUUCCAUAGAUAGCAUUCCCCUAGACCAGGGUCACAAGAGCCACCUCCUUUUCAAUGGAUGGUCUCCCCAACUCCUGUUCUCUCCAUGUAGAGUGAAGGCUUUGACCUUUGUUGCCAGUGGAGACCUUAGGUACAUCAUAACUCUUUGCUCCUCACUGUUGCAAAAUAGGCUUUCGUUCAACAAAUAUUUAUUGAGUACCUGCUGUUUCAGGCAGAGUUCUAGGUAUUGGAAUGUAGUAAUUAUAAAAGACUAAAAUCCUUGCCUUCAUGGAGCUUAUAUUCUCAUGGGGAAAGUCAAGUAAUAGUAUAUUAUAUAUUGAAAAAAUACAUAUAUACUAUAAAAAUGAUAAAAUGUAUAAACAGUAAAAAUAUAUCAUGCUUUAUAGUGAUUAUGUUGCAGUUUUAUACACAGUGGUCUGGGAAGGCCACUAUGGUUAGGUAACAUUUGAAAUGUUUGAGAGUAAGUGUUUGAACUUGAAGCAUAUCCCAGUAGUUCUGAUUUUCUUGUCAUGGUGGGUAAACACAGGAAUAAAGGAUAUGAUAUUAAACUGAUAGUCUUAAAACAGUUAAAUGGUGAUUGGAUGAUUAUACAUAAUUUUCUGUAUUAUUAUGAGGAUCAAAUGAGUAUAUAUGGGAGAAUUCUCUAUAGACUGUGAAAUGUGUCUGAUUGCACAGUUCUGGAAACAGUAAGCAACUUGAGAUAUAUAUUUCUGGAAUCUUUCAUUUCCGUCUUACUUUUCUUGUGUUCACAGACCCCAGAAACCCAAGGUGGAUAGAUACUAGGGUCUUAAGAAAGAUCUCACAAGGAAUUCUCUGGUGGUCUAGUAGUUAGGACUUGACACUUUCACUGCUGGGUCCCAGGUUUGCUCCCUGGUUGGGGAACUAAGAUACCACAAGCUGUGUGGUGAGGCCAAAAAAAAAAAAAAAAAAAAGAUUUCACCUUUGUAAACCAGAGCCUGUAACUAGGAAAGGUUAAUUUUGGCUUCAUGCUUGAUCUAUGACUUUAACCCUUGUUUUUGGUAUUUUUGCUGUUAUAAGCAUAUGUAAUGGUCUGCCUCAGAGAACCCUGUCCCAUCUGCCUGACUCUUAAAUUAAAAUGCCUUUGUUUAGCUCACAGAGAGAUAAUCUGACCCUGCCCACCUGUGAAUGACUGUAAGAAAGAAGGAGCUAAUACAUCGCCCUGCCUGAGGCUUGCCAUUCUAGGAGAUACUUGCAAGCAUUAAAUAAUCUUCUUACUUGGUUUCCUCAUUUCACUCAUCUCUGAUUCAUAGAAGAUCACAGGUCUAAUGGGUCUGGGAAGUCACAUUAUAGUGACUUUCUGAUUGGCUAGGUUUUUUUUUUUUUUCUGGUUACUUUGGUCACCCACAGACAUCUGGUUUCCUCUAAGGCUUCUUUUAAAAUUUCUUGCUUCUUUCUCUUUGAACCCUCUGCGAACAGGUGAGUAGCUAUGGAAGCAAUUGAGGAACUCUGGCCUGGGUUACUCUUGUGUAUUCCAAAGGUCUACCACCCAGUGUGCCCCCGUAACUGCCACCCAGGAGAUGAGGGCUCUUCUUUCCUCUUCCUCCCUUGAGCUGAGGACCAGACCAAUUAAUAUCAUGUGGUUACAGGUCAGACACUUAAAAGCCAUUAGGGAGUCUGCCACUUGAAGACUCCAUGAUAGCAUAAGUGGGAUGUGGAUCAGACCAGACAAUUAAUGUCCCGCCCCCAGCAAGACAGCUUCCAAGCAACUCAGGAACAUAUUGGUUCGAGCAAAACACUGACCCCAUUUUCCCCCUGGCUGCCACUUUUCUGGCAAGAUUGCAAGGCAGAUUCCUCAGCAUGUCUUCCCUGUUGCCUUUGUCUUUUUCCCUUUCAGUCUAGAUAGAUUUUCAGGAGCAUGGGUGUAAACCUCAGGGCCUUCCUGAGAGGCCUUCUACCCGAGGCUAGAGGAGGAGGAGGAAUGAAGCUUUCUAGCAUGGGUGAAUGGGCAUGUCAGUCCUUUGGUUUCUUUGGGGUGGCAGUGGUUGGACAGCUUUGUUAAUUGCAUUGUAAUCAAAUUUAAGCUGUGCCAUUUUAAAGGUUUCUUUGUGGAUAGUUAUGCUUUCACUCUAAUGCUUUUGCAAAAAUGUCUCCUCUUCAAGAUUUGUAAAUAGAACUUAAGAUAAAUACAAGUUUCUGAUUUUCAGACCAUAAUGCUGCACUGAAUACAGAAAUUGAUGAAUUCUAAUAGGAAAUCUGAUGACUUUACAAAGCUGUUAACAAAAAGAUUAGUUACCUAAGACUGAGUAAACUGGUAAGUAUGGUUGUAAUUUUUAUGGUUUCUAUCUAAAAGGAUUAUUGGUUUAAAUAUAUGUUCUCCAGGUAUAAGAAAAACUUUCUCCUUAAACUAAUUAUGACUUACAGUAACUUGGUAAAUCAUACCUUUUAUGAGAGAAAUUGAAAUACUUACCUUUUCUGUCUGGUUGAUCCUGCCAGUAGCAUAUGCUUGUCUCAGAGAUUAAGGCAGGUAUGUGUAGGUACACACUGCCAGCACAGUGAAACGGCUAAUAGCUCAUUGAAUCAGUUAUGACUGCUUUGGUCUUUCAGUUAUUGUAACCGGAUUACAAAGUUAUACUAAUCAUUGUUUAAAUUUGUUGUUUUCAAAUCAUGCUUUGUGUCUUCUGGCUGCACUAUGUCAUUGUCGGUGUUACUAGCUGCAUUAUUUAUAUUCUAAUUUAUAAGAAUGUUAUCUCUUGCAGUAACCAAUGUGUAAAGCAGGCCUCCAACAAAACUUCUAUGGCUAAACGCUGUUUAGGGAAUAAUUAUAAUAGUGUGAUUCUGGGCAUGGGAAGAAGCAACAAGAGAAAAUGUUUCCUGGAUAAUAUUAAUAGUUAGACAGGAUCCAGAGAAUUUUAAUUAUUGAUGGGGCCUGGUCCAAAAUUUAACACGCAGAGUAACAUACCAAGUAUUUUUGCCUGAUCUAGGAUGUGCCUCCCAGCACCAUGGGACAAAAUUUGAUUAUGAAGUGCCUCCCACAUAUUGAUCCAGUUCCUGACCAAGAGGGGAGGAUCUGAGAAAUGGAGUAUUUCCCACAAUCAAUGAUUGCAACCCUUCAGCGUGAGCCAGUGAGCCCCAAGGAAGGGAAAUCAGACUGCAGUCACUCCCUAUGGUGAAUUCUGAGGAAACUGAGACUGUAGGAUUACAGGCCCCAGAUAGCUGAAAUGCAUAUAUAUAUAUGUAAAUGAUUUAAUGAGCCCUGACUCUUGGCAUCUUCCAGUGGCUAGAAAAGCACUAAAUUUGUUAACUUGAGAUGCUGCCUGUUGGGUUUAAGUUUAGUAUUUCUAAGUCUACAGGUAUAAAGUGGACACAUUUCCAAGAGGAACAAAGAAAGACAAAUCUCAACAUUUGGAGCCCUGGCACCGAUGGCAGACACUCCCAGAGAGAUCCAUCUGACAAAAAGAAUAGUUGUCACUGCCUUUUCCCACAAGAUUGUGGGAUGGACAUUGACAGUGGGGAAUUGUAACCAGGAAGGGUUAAUUUUGACUCCAUGAUGGAUCUAUUUCUUUGACUGUAACCCUUGUUUUUGCUGGUUUUGUUAUUAUAAACAUAUGUAGUGCCCUGCCUCAGAGAGCCCUGCCCCUUCUGCCUGACCCUUAAACUAAAGUGAAAGCAAAGUCA